CUCGACUCGAGCGGCGGGUCAGCUCGGGGUCGCUCGCUCCUUUGCCUCACGUCAGUAUUGCUUGCUUGCAUACCACCGUCCCCACCAGGACCGAGCAUCGCCCCGCCAUGCUCGCAAAAGUCUUCAGGAAAGCCAGUUCCGCCACCCCGUCGGCACCGGACCCGCCCCCUCCGUCCGGUAGGCUGACCCGCUACAGCGAGCGUGCACGCCAACUCCACACCGCCCCCACCAGCACCAGCGGCGGCAGCCGUAAUGACGACAGGCCCUCGACCCUCGGCGCUGGCGCUGGCACAGGCGCAACGCUCGCCGGCUACGCACCCGACGACAGCAACAGCUCUGUGACCUGCACCCAGAGCAGUACAUCCGCCCAGCGCUACAAGUACUCUUACCUCUCCCAGCAGCAGCAAAACGAGGGGCAGCAACCUGCCCACACCCGCACCCAUAGCGCAGCCAACAAUGGCACCAGCUCCCCACCGACCACCUCCCGCGUCCGCUCCUACCGCAAGCCCACCACCGCCACCCCGCAAGGCAGAGCCGACGACGACACCUCUCGGCUCCCUCCCAUUCCAUCGCUCUCGCUCGGCCACGGUGCCUCCGAUGGCGACACGCCACAAGAAGACGUCUUUGACGGUAGGAACAAGGACCCCGCAAGCACCCUCUACCGCGCCGCCAGCAACAACCAGCUCAAGAUUAUGCAGCAGCAGCAAGCUCACAAUGGAUCGGCCGCAACCCCCCACCAUCCGCAAAAAAGCACGCUGCAGAAAGGCAAAGACGAUGCAGGCGGUUUGCUCACCGGCGCCGGAACCGCAGCCGUUCUGAACAACAACGUUUUUGGUGCUACCAAUGGCGAUGGCCACACCAUGGGCGAUCGCAGUGCCAACGCCAACAACCAUGCCAACGGCGCAGGCUAUCUAGAUGCACGUGCCACCAUCCCCAACGGCGGCGAGAAGCACCAUAAGGGCAGCGCCAUAUCCCUCGUCAGCGGAAUCAGCAGCAUCGACGGAAGCGGAAGCGGCAGCGGAAAGCGCAAGCCCGUACCCACGUAUGAGGAUGAGGAGGGAAAGGAGGAGGGGGAGCAGUACAAGCAGCAGGCAGUCGAACGCGAUGCGGGAUACCAGGCCAAGCAGCCUGCCGCGGCGGCCGCUUCUGUCCAAGUGGUGGUGCAAAGGGCACAGCAGCAGCAGCAGGCUUCCAAUCGCGCCAACGGCAUUGGAAAUGGUAUCGCCAGCGUCAGCGCCGAGCAGCGCACACAGAAGGCCACUCUCAAGAUCCAGGUCACGCCCCAGCAGCGACACUAUCUCGUCAAAGCGCUGGUCGCGCUGCAGAUGGCCAACGAGGCGCGUGACAUCGAAAAGGUAGGCGCGCUGACAUUCUAUGGUCACCCCUUCAGCGCCGAGAGGCCCAAGCUGAAGCGGAUCAAGAAGGACCUCGAGAACGAGUACACUUCUGGUGGCGGCUUCGAAGAAGUCGCCGACGAGGCUUACGGCGAGGAUGCAGACGAGGACGUCAUCCGGCGUGCCGAGGGCGUACAGGAGCCGGUCAUCCUGCGCCAUCUAUUCCACGCCAAUCUGCUCCCAUUCCCCGGGCUCGACACGGCGCCGCUCAAGUAUUGGCAGGCGCGCAUCCAGGUCUUCUUCGACGAGAUGGCCGCCCGUAACUUCUCCACGAGCAUGGAACGCGGCGAACUGAGUAAGCGCCGUUUCUUUGCGCUCGCCGGCAUCCGCUACCUCUCCGUCUUCUUUGCACGUGGAGUCGGCAUCCGCGGCGAGGGCGAGACGCGCGGGCCCGGUGUCGGCGAGCCCGGGAGCGAAAAGUGGGGUAAGGGCAAGCAGUGGGGCAAGGGCACUGUCAAGCGUGGACUCGACCGGCCGGUACGCAUCGACGCACCGCUCAUGCGCCAGAUCGACGACCUUUUUCACGCCGACUCGGAGGAAGGGCACCAGUGGCGCCUCGCGGGCAAGGAGGCCGCGCGCAUCCGCACGGACUGGCAGGCGUUCAAGGAACACGUCAUUGAACACGAGGACGGCAUCGAGGACGUCCAUCGACACCUCGACAUCAACAACAUCAAGAAUCUCCCCACACACUACCGCAAUGCAGAGGAGUGGGCGCGCAACCAUGCCGCCUACAUCUUCCACACCCUCUUCGUCUCCAGCCCGGGUGCAGACGGCACCUUCAAGGUCCUCAAGGGCAUCGUUGGCCUCUUUCCCUUUUGGGCGACGCGCCAGAUCCUCAAAUACGCCAAUGCGCAGGUCAUGAUCCAGGGCAUCCUCUCGCUGCUCCUCGCGCGGCCCGCAGGAUCCAAGUCCCUCAUGCAGCGCGUCUUUUCCUUUGUCAUUGGCCGCGAGAUCUCGUCGAUCGAGAAGGAGUACAUCACGCCACUCCGUAACGCCAUCACCGACGACGAGUUGGCCAAGCUGGUGGAGGAGUACGUCAAGCGCGGCAGCAGGCCCGAGAAGCGCGCAAUCCGCGCCAAGACGCUCAAGUCCGGCAACGACGUCCUCACCACCAUCCUCCUCGAGGGCAAUCACAACAGGCCCCAGCAGCAGACACAGGAACGCAUCAUGCACAUGCAGCGAUGCUUUGGCCUCUCCACCCUCCGCAGUCGCCUCGAUGAUGCGUACCCGGACGGCACGCCGCCCGCGCAGGAACGCAAGGCACCCGUCGCUGGCUUCGGCCUUGGCAGUAGCACCACGGACGCCGAGGCGGCGCGCCAGUUUGCGCUACUAAAGCUCCUGCUGCGCGAGUGCCUCAAGAAGCGCGAUCGCGAGCAGGCCUCGGCCAUGGCCACCGGUUCGCUCAUCCCGACCAUCAUUAAGGAUUCGCUAGAGAACGUCUUCUACUCAAUCAUCAAGGAGAUCGCUUCCACAGCCGAUCUCAGCGCGCGCCUAGGUGACCUGCAGGCUUUCCUUGAGGACCUCAUCAAGGUCAAGCUCAACACAGAUAACAGCCUGCAGGAGUGGAUUGCGCUAUGUGCGCGUCACGAGAAUUCUCUGUAUUACUUUUUCCACGAGUGCGCCUCGAUCGCCGAGCCGUUCAUCGACUGGCUCCAGCUCGGCGCAGACUACAUGGCGCUCAGCACGAGCGAUCCAGCGCACCCAGCCGAUCGCAGUCGCAAGAACAUCGAGGUCAACGUGGAGAAGAUGCUCGGGGACAACCGGCUGACCGAUGACGACGUCAGGCGCAUCCUGCGCGAGGUGGACAAUCUGACGCAGUACACGCUCUGGAACAAGGUCUGGUACGAGCUCGAGCUGCGUAAGAACUUCCUCCUGGCUCGACCGGACGCCGCGCCGGUGAGCGGCCUCGGCGAGAAGGACCUACCUUCGCCGACGUUCAAGAAGGAUAUCGAGGAUAUCGACUCGCUGCUUUCCGAUCUGAUGACCAAGAAAGGCGUCAAGAUCAACGACGGUCUCUGCCGCAGCGAGGCCCGCGGGACUGAGGCGGCCGAGUUCCCUUGGAUCUGGUUCGACGAAGUUGACCCAUGCGGGCAGCACCUCAUGGCCGAGGAGGCCGUGGCUGACCUACGCUACGAGCCCCGCGGUAUGUCGUACCCGCCUCCGAACCUGCUGCACACCCGCAAGGUUCUGCCUAUUUUCCGCGAGAUUCUCCUCUCCGAGAUGCCUGACCGCAUGCGCAAGACCCCUUUGCCCCCUGGCAAUGCGCGCCGCGCAUCAAAGUUCUCCACAUCCAACAAAUCCGACAAAGGUGGCGCAGACACCCGGUCCGUCGUGUCCAAGAAAAGUGCCAAGAGCUUCAAGAUCCCCUUUUUGUGAUAUAUUUACUUUGUAUAUGGAUAUAUGCAAGAGCUGCCGCGGUCACUGCAGCCGCCCUUGCUCGACCGAUGGGUGAAAGGCCCAACCAGAUUGCAUUGUACUAUUAGGAAAUAUUCAGCUAUUAAACAGUC